AUGAAAAUUAAUAGAAAUCCAAAUAUUCAAGAUUUUAGAAUUCAUUUAACUUUAUAUUUUGUACAACAUAAUAUUAAAGGGUUAUCAAAAUUUGAUAUUUUAAUGAUGUCUAAAAUUUGUCAUAGAGUAAAUUUAUUACCUAUAAUUGCUAAACGUGACGGAUUAACUAAUCAUGAAUUAUCAAUUUGUAAAAAAAAUAUCUUGAAAGAUAUUAUGGUGAAUAAUAUCAAAAUUUAUAAUUUUUUGAGUAAUGAUGAAAAUAAUGAUGAUGGUGGGGAAGAUUUUAUGACAUUAUCUUCUAGAGAAUAUAAUUAUUUAAAUGAAUUGGAUAGAGUUGUUCCAUUUUCUAUCGUUGGUUCAAAUACUGUUGGUGAAAAUACAGGUGCUAUUACUAGAAUAACUAAAUGGGGGUCAAUCAAUAUUGAAGAUGAAAAUAUUUGUGAUUUCAAAUUGUUGAAAAGUAUCAUUUUUGAAACUCAUUUACAAGAAUUUAAAGAUGUCACGGUUGAAAAAUUGUAUGAAAGCUUUCGUAUUGAACAAUUAUUGAAAACUUGA